AUGUCGAAGGCAUUCGACACUGUUUCCAGGGCCAAGCUUUUGACAGUAAUGGAACCCAUUGUCGGCGAAGACAACAUCCGACUCAUCCGCGUGCUUCUAUGCAACACUACCCUACGCAUUCGCUUAGGCACCGAUAUGUCAUCGCUCUUCAACACCAACGUGGGAACACCACAAGGUGAUGCACUAUCACCAGUUCUCUUUGUUGUAUAUCUAGAGUCAGCUCUUCGUGAUUUCAGAGCCGCAGCACCUCCCCGUCCACUACAGGACCAACACCUACCGCCAGAAGUGAUCUACGCAGAUGAUACCGACUUCAUAAGUAGUUCGAGGCAGUGGCUGACGGAUAUCGAACCCAUUGCAGCGGAGGUACUGGGUGAAUGGUAUUUACGCGUCAACCAUGACAAGACAGAGAGGACAACAUUUCCCCGGGAGAAGGUCCGUAUAGCAGAAGAUUGGCGCUCGACAAGAAAGCUGGGCUCUCUCAUCGGCGACGAACAAGAUGUGAUCCGGAGAAAGCAGCUGGCAUCAGCAGCAUAUCAGUCCAUGUUCUCUCUCUGGCGUCGCAGCAAACAGGUCAGCGAGCGGGUUCGGCUCCGCCUGUACACUGCCCUGAUCGUCCCAAUUUUGCUGUACAACUGUGGCACUUGGGGCUUGACAGCAGCAACUGAGGAGAGGCUCGAUUCCUUCCACAGAAGGCAGCUGAGGUCCCUGAUUGGCGUCCGUUGGCCACAGUGCAUCUCCAACAUCAACGUAUACUCCCGCUGUGGUGCGGAACCAAUCAGCGCAACGGUCAAGCGUGCCCGAUGGAGACUGAUGGGCCAUGUCCUGCGGCUUCCUGGUGAUACCCCGGCAGUGAUGGCAAUGAAGGCAUACUUUGUAUGUCGAGAAGGGUCGUUCCGAGGGCGACCAAGAACAACGUUGGUCACAACCCUGUCCAAGGACUUGGAGAAGAAGAACAUGGGCAAAUUAAAGACAGCAGCGGACCUAGACAGCCUUCGAUCUACCGCAGCUAGUCGCGAGGAGUGGAGAGACUUUUGCCGUGCUCUAUAUUGA